AGACCCGGAGAGGAUGCACCCGUGAGUCCUUGACCCAUCUUCUGCUCGCCAAUCUGAUCCGAGUCAUCGGUCUCCUCAUUCUCGGGUCAUAUCCCUAGACUCUCAUUUCCAGUUGCUUCUCCUUACCAAAGCAUCGAAUACACCAUCACCAUGGUCAAGCCCACCCGCCCGCCGGCCAACGCCUUCGUUGCAGCUGCCCGCAAGGUCUACAACCCCAUCGGCUUCUCCAAGGGCUACAACUUUGUCCUCUUCUUCAUCUUCGCCGGAGCCCUGAUGGGAUUUACCCUCGCACGCCUCCAGUACCUCGACUACUACGGCAUCUUCUGCGGCGAUCCCGGAGUCGGCGAGUGCUACUUUUACACACGAGGAAUAGCCGAGAUAGGGUUGCUGAUGCACCUGGCGACCAUCCUUCCGGCUGGGUUCCUGGUCGUCUUCCAGUUCGUACCGGCCAUCCGACACAAGUUUAUCCUCAUCCACAGGCUGAACGGCUAUGUUAUCCUCGCCCUGUCGCUAGUCGGCACAGUCGGCGCCUUCAUGUCCAUGAGAAACGCCUUCGGGGGCGGGCUCGACACGCAGCUGGGCCUUGGCCUCAUGGGAAUCAUGUUCGUUGUGAGCUUGGCGUUGGGAUACAUCAACAUCAAGAGGCUCCAGCUGGAACAGCACCGGGCCUGGAUGCUCAGGGGGUGGUUCUACGCCUCUUCGAUCAUCACCCUCCGGAUCAUCAUGAUCAUCAUGGCCACCAUCAUCAGCGAGACGGGCGGGUACUGGGCCGUCCGCCAGUGCGCCCAGGUGAACUACACGCUCGGGGAGGCCAGCACGCGAGAAUUGUAUCCUGACUGCGAGGCAUUUUACUCUGGCGAGGACCCGUACAAGCCCACUUUGAUCAAGGCAACCAUGAAUUCUAGCGCCAUGACAGCCGGCGCGACGUUGGGUCUUUCGUUCGGCCCGGCCACGUGGUUAGCAUUGUUUCUUCAUGCGGUUGGCGUUGAGGUAUACCUCCGUCUUACACCCUUUGAGCACGACAGGCUCCGUAACGUGUCGUACCAGCGGCAGGUCGAGGCCGGCAUGAGAAACCCAGGGAGGGCCGGGCUGACUGCAGACCGGCUGGGCGACGCAAUUCUGUGGAAGCCGAACAGUGACUCUACACGGAAUGCAGUCCCGCUAAAGUCCGUUGCGUCUCAACAACAUACGAGCAACAGCGAGUAAUCAGAGACGUUAAACCGUCCGAUGACUUCAACACUUGCUCUCACUUGAAAUUGAAAUCGCUUUCGUCCCGACUUGUACUUCCAAGUUGAAAAUGGCAAUGUAUCUGUUAUUAGACAAAACAAUCAGUCAGGUAUGAGGCUCUAAAAGUAUGUGCGGUGCACAUCUAGACAACAAGAUUCAAGAACGGUUUUCCGGCUCACUCCAGCUCUGCAUCCACCUGACCUUGUAGCCCUCUGCGCCGAGAUAAUUCGCCUGACUCCUCCGCUGUUGUAGUAGAACAAACGAGCAACGCCCAACGCGCCGAAAAAGCAGAUGCAUCCCAGGUACCGUAUCCACAAUCCUUGUCCAAUGCCAAAUUGUCCGCGAUGCAAGUGCCCUUGGUAUGAUAGAUGCAAAAGGAAAGAUGUAGCCGAUACGAAGUUUGAUGGUGAUAAUCUGGGGACCGGCAUCGACCCAAGAAGAACAAGUGGUAUUCUAACUCCCGCAAGUACAAG